AUGUCAGCUAGGAGGGCCCCUAGAACACAGAAUGCCGGAGGGGCCGUUAGAACCCCAGCGCACGGAAUAUCCGAGCUGGGAGGAGCGAACAGCGCGUCCACUGUCAGAAUGCAGGGGGCCCAGGGCCCUCGGAGGCCGCCGGCCUUGCAAACUUGCCCGAUGGCCCUUGCAGCCCUUCUCUAUUGCAUUUUAGCCCGGAGACGGGGGGACCCCUCGAGCGAGCCCCCUUGGAGCCCCCCCCUCCCCUCCCGUAGGGGCUGGACGACCCUCCUCUGCAUCCUCCCCCCCUCCCCUCCCCCUCCUCCCCCAGCGGUGCAGGCGCCUGGGCUCACCGGUGCGUCUCUCCUUCCAUCUUCUCUCUGGCUCCCUCGCACCCCGACGGCAAGCAGAGCCCCAGAAGGCGGCGGAGCAGCGCGCCCCGAGGAGCGGCGGCCGCCCCCCACGCCCCCUCCCACCAUGCCCGUGGGCGCCGCGGCCCCCAAGAACCCGGACCUGGAGUUCGACUCGCUGCAGCCCUGUUUCUACCCCGACGAGGACGACUUCUACGUGGGCGGCCCGGACGCCGCGCCCCCGGGGGAGGACAUCUGGAAGAAGUUCGAGCUGCUGCCCACGCCGCCGCUCUCCCCGAGCCGGGCCGGGCCCGGCGUCGGCCCCGGCGGGCUGCCUAGCCCGGCAGCCGCCUGGCCCGGGGGCGGCGAGCCCCCCGACUGGGCGUCCGAGCUGCUGCUGCUGCCGCCCCCCGAGGCGGAGCCGUGGGGGACCGGGGGCCCGGCCCACGCCGCCUGGGGCGAGGGCAAUCUCAGCGCCUUCGUGCUGCGGGACUGCAUGUGGAGCGGCUUCUCGGCGCGGGAGAAGCUGGAGCGGGUGGUGACCGAGAAGCUGCAGGCCGGCCCGCGGGGGGCGCCGGCCGACGGCCUGGCCAAGGCCGGCGGGGUCGCCACCGCCUCCGCUGCCUCCUCCUCCGCGCCGCCCUCCAGGGCUCCCGUAGCGGCAGCCGUCGAGCUCCCAGCCCCCGGGGCUGCCGACCUGUGCAACCCGGCCUCCGAGUGCGUGGACCCGGCCGUGGUCUUUCCCUUCCCGGUGAACAAGCGCGAGCCCCCGGCCGCUGCAGCCGGAGCCGCCGGCAGGUCUGGGGAGCCCCCGGGAGGGGCCGGGCAGCACCCCCGCGGCCCCGGGCGCCCCUUCCCCGCGGUAGACGCCAGGGCCAACAGCUGCUCCGGGGACGACACCCUGAGCGACUCGGAUGAUGAAGAUGAGGAGGAGGAAGAGGAGGAAGAGGAGAUCGACGUGGUGACGGUGGAGAAGCGUCGAGCGUCGUCCUCCAACAACCCCAAGGCGGUCACCACGUUCACCAUCACCGUUCGGCCCAAGAGCGCCGCCGUGGCCGCCGCCAUCAGGGCCCAGCCGGGGGAGCUGAUCCUCAAGCGCUGUGCGCCCAUCCAUCAGCAGCACAACUACGCUGCGCCCUCCCCCUUCGCGGAGCGCGAGGACUCGCCUCCCCCGAAGAAGAUGAAGGCUGAGGCUCCGCCCCGCCCCGCCAAGAGCGUCCCGGUGCCGCCCAAGGCCAAGAGCGCGAGCCCGCGGAACUCCGACUCCGAGGACAGCGAGCGCCGCCGCAACCACAACAUCCUGGAGCGCCAGCGGCGGAACGACCUGAGGUCCAGCUUCAUCACCCUCAGGGACCACGUGCCGGAGCUGGUGAAGAACGACAAGGCGGCCAAGGUGGUCAUCCUGAAGAAGGCCACCGAGUACGUGCACUCCCUGCAGGCCGAGGAGCACCGGCUGCAGCUGGAGAAGAAGAAGCUGAUCGCCAGGCAGGAGCAGCUGCUCAAGAAGGUGGAGCACGUGCGGACUUGCUGAGCCCACGCCCCGCCGAGGCUUGGCCCCGUGCCGGCCUCGGACAGCCACUGCCACUUUGCACAUUUUUUUUAAUUGUUCAAGAGAAAAAGGUGUUUUGACGUUAAGAAUGUUGGUUUACUUUCAAUCCGGUCCUCUCUCCGAGACUGGAUGUG